AGCAACCCCGGCACGGACGCCUCCGCCAUGAGCCCGCAGCUGCCGCCGUCGGACCGCUCCGCCUGGGGCUGAGAGCGAGCCCGGAGCUCCCGGGAGCCCCGUCCGUCCCCGCCGCGUCCGGGGCAGCGGCCUCCGCGAUGUCGGCGCAGAGCCUGCUGAGCAGUGUCUUCUCCUGCUCCUCCCCGGCCGCCGCCGCCCCCGCCGCCGCCAAGAGCCUCUCGAAGCGGAGGCUCCGCCAGACGCGGAGCCUCGACCCCGCCAUCAUCGGCGGCGCCCAGGAGGAGGGCGAGGGCGCGGGCCGGGCUCCCCGGGCGAGAGCCGCCGGCAGCCCCCCGGGAGAACCUCGCGCUCCCCGAGGCUCCUCCGCCUCCACGCCCAGCUCCCCGCUGGAGCGCUCGCCUCCGAGCAGCGCGCUCUUCGACGGCGGCAGCCCCCGCGGCAAGCGGAGCCCCGGCCGCGAGCCGCCCUUCCUGCCGCGCGCUCCAUCGGCCUCGGCGCUCAGCGGCCCCGGCGCCGCCAACAGCAUCUUCUCGUCGCCCCGCCGCUGGCUGCAGCAGCGCAAGGGACAGCCCUCGCCGCCCGGCUCGCGUCCCGCCGCCUACGUCGUGCGCAAGUCCGAGGGUGAUUUCACUUGGAACAGCAUGUCAGGGCGCAGCGUUCGGCUGAAGUCAGUUCCCGUUCAAAGUCUCUCAGAGCUGGAGCGUGCUCGGCUGCAGGAAGUGGCUUUUUAUCAGCUGCAGCAGGAGUAUGACCUGGGAUGUCAGAUUACUAUCCCCAAAGAUCGGCAAAAGAGGAAGAAAUCACUAAGAAAGAAACUGGACUCAUUGGGGAAGGAGAAAAACAAAGACAAAGAGUUUAUUCCCCAGGCUUUUGGAAUGCCCUUGUCGCAAGUGAUUGCUAAUGACCGGGCCUACAAGCUCAAGCAAGACUCUCAAAGAGAAGAGCAAAGAGAUGUUUCAGAUUUUGUGGCCUUUCUCUUACCAUUUGGAGCAAAAAGGCAGAACAAAGAACUUUCCAGCAGUAACUCAUCUCUUAGCUCCACCUCAGAAACACCAAAUGAAUCCACUUCUCCUAACACACCAGAGCCGGCACCUCGAGCAAGGAGGCGUGGUGCUAUGUCUGUAGACUCUAUUACUGAUCUUGAUGACAAUCAGUCACGGUUGUUAGAAGCUCUCCAGCUCUCUUUGCCAGCAGAAGCCCAGAGCAAGAAAGAAAAGGCAAGAGAUAAGAAACUAAGCCUGAACCCUAUUUACAGGCAGGUUCCACGGCUUGUAGACAGUUGCUGCCAGCACUUGGAAAAACAUGGUCUUCAGACAGUGGGAAUAUUCAGAGUUGGAAGUUCAAAAAAGAGAGUAAGACAGUUACGUGAAGAGUUUGACCGGGGCAUUGAUGUUGUGCUAGACGAAGAGCACAGCAUUCAUGAUGUUGCUGCUUUGUUAAAGGAAUUUCUCCGUGACAUGCCUGACCCACUUCUUACCAGAGAACUUUAUACACCUUUCAUCAAUACUCUCUUAUUAGAGCCAGAUGAACAGCUAAGCACCUUACAGCUUCUCAUUUAUCUCCUACCUCCCUGUAACUGCGAUACCCUACACCGACUGCUGCAGUUCCUCUCCACCGUGGCUGGCCACGCAGAAGACACCACAGACAAAGACGGCCAAGAAGUUACUGGGAACAAAAUGACAUCACUUAACCUGGCUACUAUAUUUGGCCCUAACCUGUUGCACAAGCAGAAAUCUACAGACAAAGAAUUCACAGUUCAGAGUUCAGCUCGAGCUGAAGAGAGUACUGCUAUCAUAGCUGUUGUACAAAAGAUGAUUGAAAACUAUGAAGCCCUUUUUAUGGUUUCCCCUGAUCUACAGAAUGAAGUGCUUAUUAGCCUAUUAGAGACUGACCCAGAUGUUGUGGACUAUUUGUUGAGAAGGAAAGCUUCCCAGUCAUCAAGCCCUGAGAUGCUGCGGUCGGAAGGCUCCUACUCAACAGGAGAAAGACACUCUUCCAUCGACUCCAACAAAGCUUCAAGCGGAGAUGUCUCCCCAUAUGACAACAACUCCCCCGUUCUGUCUGAGCGCUCGCUGAUGGCAACACAAGAAGAAGUUGUGCACAGCCCGGAUAAGCUGUACAGGGUACCAGAACAGUACACACAUUUGCAGCCUAAGACAAAGGAGAAUUCUUCUGCACCACAGGCUGGAAAAGAUGUUUCAGAAGAUCAUUUUGAUAUCUGGGGCACCUGGCAUUCAACGCUGAAAAGUGGCUGCAAAGACACAGGCAUUGCAGGUUCUUACGGAAACAUUUACGAAAGCAGCUUGCUGCGGCCUGGACAGUGCUCUCUUUCACAAGGGAACCUCUCCAUAUAUUCUCCUCGGUGGCAGGGCAGCUCCUCCGAACUGGAUCAUGGCAGGCAAGUCAUGCGCAGGAGUCAGACAACUGCCGCUAUUCCCGAGUGCCAGCUCCAGCCUGCCAUGUCUCGGGUAUGCAGUAAUCCACACAUUGAAGCUGGUGGUAGGUGUUUGGACCAGUCACGCUCCAAGUCGGAGCGGCACUUGACUUUAAGCAGUGUGGAGGACCUCACUGAGCAUGACUCACAUGCGGGUUGCUCACAGAGCAUGGGCAAGCCCUCCUACAGCAAAGAGAGGCCACCACCUCCAUACCCUGGGCAGCCCAAAGCAAGCCCUGCGUUGUCGCAGCAAUCGAGCGUUUCUUCAACGUUGCACUCUUUGUGGAGACUUCAGCGCCAUGACAAAAAUGCAGGGACCAGAGCAGCUGGAGGGCCCGUUGUCAAAGCCCCCGAGCAGGCCAUCUCCAGGCAGGAGCGCCUGGCCCCGCGCACCCAAGCAGGUAACAUCUAUUCGACGGCGGCUCACAGUCAGAACAGUAAAAAUGUUUCGGAGCCAGACUGGCAGGACUGGCAAAGAGAGAGGUGGCAAAUUUGGGAGCUUCUAUCAGCUGAUAACCCCGAUGCCCUCCCGGAGACCCUUGUAUGAUCAGACUCCACAGAACUGCUUCUCAUACCUAUGCUCCCUCUCAUAGGAAAACAGUGGCGACACUGGAAAACUGGGAGGUGCUUGUUUGUUUUCUACCGAAUAAGUUACAUGUAAUUUUUUUAAACCUUGUUCACUUUAAUUCCCUAACAGCACUGGCAAGCAGUCUAUUUACAAAUACAGUACGGUCCUGUUUUUCAGCAAGCUUGUGAGAAAAGAAGAUGGAAGUGUUAGUCCAAUAACCCUGUAUGCAUACAUACGCUGUUUAUAAGAUAAAACUGUUGCUUCGAUGUGGCUCAAAUGUAUUUAUAUAUCUGCAGUUUGAUGAUUGUAUAUUCUGUCAUGGGUAUUGUAUGAUAAUCCUAUAUUAUGUUUUCAUAUUCAGACGUCAAUCAAUUGUGACUGCUUUUCUAAGAAUCACUGCGCUUACGUUACCGUGAUGUGUCUUGGAGUUCUAUAGGAAGUGCACAAGCUGGUUUCUGUGCUUAGAACAAAAGACCUAAAGGAGAACGUUGUCCUUCUUUUCACUGCCUAUCGAAAAACACUAAAAUAGAGUGGAACAUGAAAAGCCAUAUAUUUUAUAAGGGUAGUAGUGACUAGGAGGGAGGGGUGGGGGGGAAUACCAAAUAUUUUUGUUCUUUUUUCUUAUAAAUAUAUUUGCAAACAAAAUUAAAAUUUGAUAUGAGAUGAAUGUUAAAAGUUUUUUUUUUUUAGAUUGUAGUAAAAGGUGGUUUGGGGAAAUCAAAUAAGAACGAGGCCGUGCCUAAACCAGUGAAAGAUGUAGCACAAAAGUCUGCCCUACCAGUCUAGAGGAAAAACGAUGUUAUGUAUACAGGAUAUAAUAUAUAUAUUUAUAAAUUUAUGACUCUAUAUAUUGUUCUAAAACAAUGAACUGGAAUCCAAAUUUUAGAAAACCAAACCCAAUACGUUGAGUUGUGUAACGGUAGAGAAAGAAUAUGGUUUUUUUCCUUUAAAAUAACAAGGCUUCAUCGAGACGAGGAUAUCUGCAGAACGGGGUCACACUGAAUUUUGGAAGUGAAUAUGCCAUGAGAAGAAGUUCACAGCUACGUUUCUAUACAUACUGUGCCAAAGCCUGGGUCAGCAGUACUUCUUCGAUAACUGUGUUGCGUUGUCAAAUGUCAGUGUUUUAUACGUGUUGCUUUCAAAUUGCGAAAGCCUUUCUGGCCAGCAGGUGGCAAUGUACUUCAGUAUUUUAGAAGAAAUUCUGUUAUCACUUGGUAAGGGAAAGUGUAUCAUACCAAAAGAAUUUUAUAAAACUUGUUAGUCUUAAUUUUAAUGUCGUUGAAGACGUAUUCAGUGAUGUUGUCUUUAAGUUCUAUCUUGUGCCAUAACGAUGGAAUAAAAGGCUGAACAAAACAGUGAGCAUA